UUUUAAUCUCUUCCCUAUUUCUAUCACUAUAUAUCUCUAUCUAUCCUCUUAUAUCAAUUCUCAUCUAUAUUUUUAUCUUUCUACUUAUUCUAAACUAAGUACAUUAUAAUAACAUAAAUUAGCAACUAGCAGACUUUUGUAGAGCAUAUCACCGGCUUAUAUGGCGCCAGGUUAAUUAAAACAAAACACAGUGACCUGAACUUAGGGUUUAAAUAUGAUUUGUCAUUCAUUCAUAAAAAUUUUAAGUGGAAAUUGCUAUCGACUUGUUCUGGUUAUCAUGACCCUGGCAUCUCUAGGUCCAAUCCUGCGCAAGGAGUAGUUAGGAACUUCUGAACUUUCUUGGUACUUUAGCAGUUAUGGAGAAAUCAUCUCCACGAGGAAACAAAAACAAUGCAAUGACCCAACAUAAAGAUUAUGCUGCUUUUGAAGAGAAGGUAAAGCGCACAGUGUAUCUGGACAAUCUUUCACCACUGGUCACAGUGCCAGUCCUCAAUACAGCACUUGGGCAGUUUGGAAAAGUCGUGGAAGCCCAAAUUUUGCCAAAUUAUCUGGAUACAAAGAAUGCUCCUAUAUGUGCCUUGGUUGAAAUGCAGACUGCGCGAGAGGCUGCAAAUACAGUUACAGAGAUUACUGUGAAUGCAUUCAUGAUUGCCGGUGCACCAAGACCAGUGAGGGCAAAACGAGCAAAAGCUGAGAUGUUUUCUGAUCGUCCAGCGCUUCCUGGGAGAAGAAUACGAUGCUAUUGGGUUGAUUCCAGUGAUCCAGAUUGGGAAGCUGCAAUGCGGCGGAAGCAACUUGCCAAGAAACAUAUAUCUGAAGCUGCAUACUUACUAAAGCACCAAAGAGAAGAAGAAGAAAAGCUGUCAGAGCAACAUGAGGAGACACUUCGCACUAAUUACAGGAAGUAUGAGAUGAUUGAGAGCUUAUAUGCAGAUGGGACCAAUGAAAAACUAUCUCGUCGCUAUGAUACUUCAAAAGACGACGAGAUCCCAAGGUUCUAAUUUUUGAAAUGAUGAAACCAAUAUUGCGAUAAUAUUUUUGCAGAGAACUUUAUGUAAAAUGAGCUUUAACAGUGUCAACUUUGAAAACUUUUUUUUUUUAAUUUGUAAAAUAGCGCACCUUUUAAGCUCAUUUUCUCUUUUACAUUUUGUUAUUGAUGGGAUGUAAACUCAAAAUAUAUAUCAUUAUACGUCACGAAUAAUUUCUAGAUGCACAAAACAGGAGCUGCUAUUUCCAUAGUUGGCAUGUUAAUGUUAUUGCUGAGAUUUUUGUGUA